CCUUCUCUCCCCUCGACCACAUCCGGGACCGUCGCUGACUCUCUCUUUCCUUCGUUUCUCCGCUCCCUUUUUCUCAUUCUUCUUACUCGCCACCUGCAUACAAUCAUGUCGCAGCCGUCUCAGUACCAAGAGGAAGAGGAAGAGCAGACGUCCUCAGUCUCAGGACCCAUGAUGGUCAUGAAGUUGCAGGAAGCGGGUAUACAUCCACAAGAUAUUAAGAAACUCAUGGACAGUGGCCUCAAUACUGUCGAGGCUGUCGCUUACACGCCAAAGAAGAGCUUGAUGGCAAUCAAGGGUAUCUCGGAACAAAAGGCGGAGAAGAUCUUAGGAGAGGGUAA